GUACCAUGAAGGCGGCCACACCUUGGUCUCCAUCGGAAACUCCGGCGCCGACCCUGUGCACAAGGCUACCAUCAUGCCACGUGGCAAUGCUUUGGGUGUGACGUGGAGUAUCCCCGAGAGGGAGAAAUACUCCGAACGCCUCUUUGAGCUGCAGGCACGUUUGCGUGUGCUGAUGGGUGGCAAGGCUGCGGAGGAGCUGAUCUUUGGGCCCGAGAACGUCACCGCUGGAUGCACUUCGGAUCUGCGGCAGGCCACGGGUCUGGCGCGGCGGAUGGUCAUGAACUUUGGGAUGUCUGCGCAGCAACAGUCCGGUCUCUUAUCCUUGGACGUGGAUGAGUAUGCCGUACUCUCCGACCAGGCGAAACAUGAGAUCGACGAGAAGACACAAAGUCUCCUCACCGACGCCUACAGCCAUGCUGCGGAGUACCUCAGGAGCCAUGAAGAACAGCUGCACCGUUUAGCUCAGGCUCUGAUCGAGUUUGAGACCUUGAGUGCAGAGGACGGUGAUUAUCAGCGUCACGGGGAAGAUCAUUGCACUUAUUGCCUACGCCGCAAAGCUUGUGGACGUGCCAAUUUUGACAAACGGGAGCAGGGCAUCUUCACGGGUGCGCUUUAUUCGAGUUCGAAGUUGCGAGGGCUUGGGCUUGGGCUCACGUUCAUCCAGUCGGCGCUGAUCCACCGCUCGACCGGCUACACGAGGCACCUCCCGCUGGUCUACGGAUCGCUCGCCAGAGCCCGCAGAUUGGAAUUGUCCACCGGAGUGGCACUAAUCGAAGGACUGGAAGCAGAGUUUCGCCUCUCAAAAGAGAGUUGGCGAUUGGCGAAUUCUUUUCGGCCUCGGCAGCCAUGA